UUGAAAGAAACGGAAAAAAAGGAUGCCGUACUUACUUCCAAACAACAAAUCGAUCGUCUUCUGCGACCAGGAUCUACUUAUCUUAAUUUAAAUCCAUUCGAGGUGCUUCAAAUUGAUCCAGAUAGCGAUGUCGAUGUUGCUAAGAAAAAAUAUAAAAAAUUGUCACUUCUAAUCCAUCCCGAUAAAAAUGCUGAUGAUCGUGAUCGUUCUGAACGGGCUUUUGAUAUUGUAAAAAAGGCUAUGAAAAUGAUUGAGGAUCCUGAUGAGCUUGCAAAGUGUCGAGAAACAUAUGCAGAAGCCCGAGCCCGUUUAGCAGUUAUUAUGAGCGAGAAGCGUCGAAAACAGAAGAAAAAUGGUUUAGGUGACAAAAUUCCAGAAGAUGAUCCUGAUGCAUAUAAUAAAGCAUUAUGGAUUGUUGUAACGAAGGUAUUUGCUGAUCGUGAAAAAAAGAGAAAAAUGCUAGAGGAGAGGGCCAAUGACGAAAAGCGUCGAGCUGCUGAAGAAUUGCAUGCAGCAGCAGAAAAGCGAAAGAGAGAAGAAGAAUUUGCCAAAAAUUACGAGGAAUCGCGCGAUGAACGUCGUGGUACUUGGCGUCAAUUCAUGGCAAAAAAAGCGAAAAGGGAAGGUGAGGGGAAAUCUUUGCGAGGAACAGCAUUUCGCCCACCUAAAAUCAAAUUGGAAACUAGCGGAAAAUAA